AUGAAUUCGAAAACAUUAUCCUUUAUUUUACUCAUUUUGUCAAUUGACAUCUGUCGCAUGAGCUGUUCUAGUAAACAUUGCAAUAAAUAUUUCGAAAAUUGUGAAGAAAACAAAGAAGAUCUUGUUGAUCCUUAUGCCAUGUUUGACCCAGAAAUCGAUGUUAACGAGAAGAAAUCGGAAGAAAAUAAGCAGGAAAAGGCUAAGGUUUUGAUGAAGCAAAUUUCUGCUGAUUCAAAUGAUUCACAGUGUAGUUGUAAAGAAUUAGCUAAUUGCCAGAAAUAUGGGAGCAGCAAACAAACAGUUAUUUCACAGAAUGAGUUUCUAUAUCUGAAGCGAAGUGUUAAGAAAUUGGCCAGUAAGUUUCUGUCGUUAGGUGGUGAAGUGUCGGGUUCCAUACAUGUGGAUUUAACCAUUAAAAAUAGUGAUAUAACUACCAUGAAAUUAUUUAUCAAAAACCCUUCCAAUAAAAUCCAGGAUCUAGACAAUGUCUUGUCUGAAAUGAUAAAUGGUGCUGUCGUAUUUAAACCAGAAGAAUAUCAGUCUACAAACAAUGUUUACGUUUAUUUGCAGUACGUCGGUGCAGUAGUAGUUAUUGUAGUGUGUUCAGUUAUCUGGUUUAUCAAGCCUCGCUUAACGUUGAGAAGCGUUAUUUCUACUGUUUCGGUAUUUGUUAUUCUUCUUGAUAUAAUAUGGAAUUGGAUAUAUUUAGUGAAGAAAGAGUAUUCUGAUUUGUAUUCAGAAAUGGAUAAAAAGAGCUUGCCCGAUUCUUGUCAUCCCGAAAAGUUAACAUGGGGAAGUUACCUUAGUUUAUGGUUUUCUAAUGAUUAUUCUUUCAGUGUUCAGUGUAAAAAGUAUUACGAAAGUAUUCAUGUGUCGCCAGAGUUAAAGGUAUCACCGAUGAAGGCUGUGACGGAAACAUUUAAGCAUAUAGUAUUAUAUCCACUACAGUUUUUGGGAGAAUAUAUUGGAUUAUUCUAUCAAAGAUUAUUCAGUCAGUUAUCAUGGUUUUUAAUGGUACCUGUGAGCAUUAUCAUUACGUUACUUAUGUUCUUGUUGUUAAUAAUGUUGUUUGGAUAUCGGAUACGCUUUCCAUUUUUUCUCGGAGGAUUAGAACCGGCGUCUGAUUCGAGGCGCACGAGGGAGUCAGAUAAUAAUGAAAAGCAUUUGAUGUUGGAAAUUUUAAAAGGUAAAUAUCAUCUGAUAAAAUCAGAUUCUAUCAAAUCUAUAUCAAUACAGUCAACAAGUGAAUCUGAGAAUGAACAUCAGAGAUUAUGUGAUUCAGAAAGAAGCACAGUAACAAUUACAGAGUUGGAAGAAGAACCUUCGCUUUCCAUUUCUAAGAGGAAUGUGUUACCUAAAGGUUUGACAAGUAAAAGCAUUUGUGAACAUAAAGGAUUAUGUGAGAAAUCUGAAGAAGAUUCAAGGAAAUUUAUAGAAGAUGAAUUAGAAAAUGAAGCAUCUGAAAAUAAAAACUAA